AUGUCGGCGCGGACGCUGCCGCUGCUGUUCCUGAACCUGGGCGGGGAGAUGCUCUACAUCCUGGACCAGCGGCUGCGCGCCCAGAGCAUCCCCGGAGAGAAGGCGCGCAAAGUUAUGAACGACAUCAUCAGCACCAUGUUCAACAGGAAAUUCAUGGAGGAGCUGUUCAAGCCCCAGGAUCUGUACUCCAAGAAAGCGCUGCGCACCGUGUACGACCGCCUGGCCCACGCCUCCAUCAUGAGACUCAACCAGGCCAGCAUGGACAAGCUCUACGACCUCAUGACCAUGGCCUUCAAAUACCAAGUGCUGCUGUGCCCUCGGCCCAGGGACAUUCUGCUGGUCACCUUCAACCACCUGGAUGCCAUCAAGGAUUUCAUCUCUGACUCCCCUGGCAUUCUGAACCAGGUGGAUGAGACCUUCCGGAGGCUGAUCGAGACCUACAACCCUCUCUCUGAUGGUGAAUUCCAGCUCAUCAGGCAAACACUUCUCAUUUUCUUCCAGGACAUGCACAUCAGGGUCUCCAUCUUCCUGAAGGAUAAAGUGCAAAACUCCAACGGUCGCUUCGUGCUGCCAAUCUCAGGGCCCGUCCCGUGGGGCACAGAGGUGCCAGGGCUCAUCAGGAUAUUCAAUCACAAAGGAGUGGAAGUUAAAAGGGCUGAGUUCACCACUGCUGGGAAUUAUGUUACUCCACAGAGGGAAGGAUCUUUUGAGCUUUAUGGAGACAGAGUCCUCAAACUUGGGACAAAUAUGUACAGUGUGACCCGGCCAGUGGAGACACACAUGGCAGGAUCUUCCAAAAACCUGGCAUCCCAGGCAAAGGAGAACAUAGCCCCCAACCCUCUUGCUAAAGAAGAGCUGAACUUUUUGGCCAGGCUGCUGGGAGGUUUGGACAUCCAGAAACCUGCUGGUGGCGAGUCGGGAUUUCGGCUGAACUUGUUCACCACUGACGAGGAGGAAGAACACGCUGCACAGACCAGACCAGAGGAGCUGUCCUACAAGGUUAUCAACAUUGAAGCCACACAGGAGCCGGCGCGGCGGGCGGAGCUGUCCCGCAUCCUGGGCGAGCUGGACGUGGCCGAGCCGCGCCCGGGCAGCGCCGAGAAGGGCGAGGACCUGCUGGCACUGAUGGACGGGCUCUGAGCGGGACAUGGGGACAGCGGGGCAAGCGGGCACCGGCUCUUGGGGACAUCGAGACACGCGGACAGCGGGACGCGCGGACAGCGGGACAUUGUGACAAGCGGACACCGGGACACCCGGACAUUGGGAC